GGGUAAAAAAUCUCCAAACUCCUAUUAAAACCCCAAUUCUUCGGCAGCCCUAAAAAAUCCCUUUGCCGCCACACUCCCCAGCCUGUUCGACUCCAUAGUCAGUAGCCAUGCCGAAGCAUUAUCGGCCUGCUGGGAAGAAAAAAGAAGGAAAUGCUGCAAGAUAUAUUACAAGGUCACAAGCUGUGAAAUAUCUUCAAGUCAGUUUAUCACUGUUCAGGAAGCUAUGCAUCUUGAAAGGUAUUUUCCCCCGUGAACCAAAGAAGAAGGUUAAGGGAAACCACCAUACCUACUAUCACACCAAAGAUAUUUUGUUCCUGAAACAUGAGCCCUUACUUGAGAAGUUCAGAGAAAUGCGAGCAUAUGAGAAGAAGAUUAAGAAAGCAGUCUCAAAGAAGAACCGGGAUCUUGCUGAACGCCUGCUAACUCGCAAGCCCAGUUAUACCCUUGACAUGCUUAUUCGUGAGAGGUACCCUAAAUUCAUUGAUGCACUUAGAGAUUUGGAUGACUGCCUUAGUAUGGUACACUUGUUUGCUGCAUUACCUGCUGUAGAGAGAGAAAAGAUACCGGUAAACCGUGUCCAUAACUGCCGAAGGUUGGGUCAUGAAUGGCAAGCCUACAUUGCUCGCACUCAUAAACUAAGGAAAACAUUUAUAUCAGUGAAAGGAAUAUAUUACCAGGCAGAAAUAGAUGGGCAGAAAAUCACUUGGUUGACUCCACAUGCAUUGCAACAAGUACUUCCUGAUGACGUUGACUACAACAUCAUGCUGACUUUCUUGGAAUUUUAUGAGACACUCCAAGCUUUUGUUAAUUUCAAGCUUUACCAUUCAAUUAAUGUGAAGUAUCCUCCCAUUCUUGAUCCUCGGCUUGAAGCUUUAGCUGCCGAUCUUUAUGCAUUAUCUAGGUACUUCGAUAACAGAGCCUCCAUGACAGAGUCAACAACUACUAGCUUCUCUGAAUCUGAUGUGAGUAAGGACCAAGGAAAGGGGCCAAACUAUGACGAAUCUGAACUUAGACUUGCUCAACUGCAACAACAGCUUCCUUCCAAUGAGCCAGGUGCAUUAAUGCACCUUGUUCAAAAUGCUGCGGAAACUGAUGAAGAUGAUUCCGAAACCAGGGAAUGCAAAACACUUUUCAAGGAUGUCAAGUUCUUCUUGAGUCGUGAGGUUCCCAGAGAGUCACUGUUGUUUGUUAUCCCUGCUUUUGGUGGUAGCGUUUCUUGGGAUGGUGAAGGGGCACCAUUUAAAGAGACUGACCAAAAUAUCACUCAUCAGAUUGUUGACCGGCCAACACAGGGCCACAAAUUCCUUUCCCGAGAAUAUGUCCAGCCACAGUGGAUUUAUGAUUGUGUUAAUGCACGAAUCCUUUUACCAGUUGAGGAAUAUAUCGUGGGAAGGAUUCCUCCGCCACACUUAUCACCUUUUGUUGAUAAUGAGGCCGAAGGCUAUGUUCCUGAAUAUGCAGAGACCAUCAAGCGUCUACAGGCUGCCGCAAGAAAUGAAGUGCUUCCAAUGCCAGGGGUGGGCAAAGAGGAUUUGGACGACCCUCAAAAUUUACUUGUGGAAGGCGUCAUCGACCGUGCUGAAGCUAUUGAAGCUGCCACGAAAAAGCGGAAGAUGUCUGUUCUUCAGAAGCAGUAUCAUGAUGAAUUGAAAAAAGAACUUCGAAGUACCCAAAUUUCUACUGCUUCAGAUGGGAAUAAGGAGAGUGUUUCUGAGCACAUUGAUGCUGGAGAAGAUUCUCUUCCAGAUUUAAGUCAAAUUUCCAAGGAUGCUGACAGCAUGUCCAAGAUUGUCAUGCCACGUAAAAAGCAGAAGCUACUAAAAGCUAUGGAGAUUGGCAAAGAGCGUAAACAAGCUAGUGUUGAUCGUUUGAAAGAGAGGAAGAGAAAGAUUGAAGAAGGAAAGAAGUCAGGGAAAUAAGCAAAAGCAACAAUUGCCCGUGAUCUGAAAUCGUUUGCUGUGCCGUUUAUCGUAUUUUCGUUUGGGAUUGUUAGUUCUACAAUAUUUGUAUAUUUCUGCCAAUUUGGCUAAAAUUUUGCUACCGUAGGUGUGUUAUGUUUUAGUAGUAUUGUACGUCUUUUGAAUACCAUUUCUCUGCAGCUUAAUACAUACACCUUUUUCCUGGA